AUGCCACAGUUUCUAUUCAUCGAGUUGCCCAGCUUUCGCAUACGAGAUGCAGCUGGACGGACGGUAACGUUGAAUCAUAAGCAACUUGGUCUUAUGAUUGGCUUAUACCAUUAUGUCCGAGCUGGCUUGCGCACCGCCGAUGUUUCUGAUAUCUCGGCCUCCCUGCUCUUUUCAAACGGAGUGCCAGAUGUAUGGACCUCGUCAAACACACGAGGAGGACUACAUGCCGAAGAAAACAUGCUCUUGACAUAUUUUCAGUCUUUUGACUCCCCAGGCGCUUACCCCAUCGUUGACGCCAUGUUGCUGUCCCAGAAACCUUGCCAAAGUUGCAUGGGAUAUUUCGAGGCAACUGGUAGCGGCAAACAGAUCAAAGUUGGCAAUGGUGUGCCUUCAUUCAAGGCCAAGUUCACGCCUCGCUCGGACAGAAACUAUACGCCUAUUUUCUAUCUGUCUCGCAGCAUGGAAACGGCAUUGCGGAACGACCUUUGGAUGCAGCUCAGGUCCAUGUGGGCUGCAGAAUUCGCAUCGACAAUUGUGAGCUCUCCGGAUGUUGUCAGAGGCCAGGCAUAUUUUAUCAUGGAAGGGAGUCCGUGGUACGCGGUGAAUGACCAAGAGACAAUGACAGAUGCCGAGGUUGUGCAGGCGAUUCAAACUCAGGGCGCCUCGUUGACAUAUUGGAUCGGAAGGUAG